GCCAUGCUCUGGCUUCUGUCCCCAGGCAACUGGUCUCUGCAGCACCCCAGCCUCUCACAGGCAGCCCUUCUCCCACAGUGCCCCCACCCAAGGAGCCUGGGGCUGGUGGGAAGAAGCAGGGGUGCCUUCUUUGCUUUCAGGAGAGCCCCUGGAGACUGCAGCACGAUGGGUGGGAGGCCCUCGAGUCCCCUGGACAAGAGUCAGCAGCAGUACCUGAGGGGCCAGGUGGACACUCUGCUGAGGAGCUUCCUGCCCUGCUACCGCGGGCAGCUGGCAGCCUCUGUCCUGAGGAAGAUCUCCCAAGAGCUGGGCCCCCAGGAGCCAGCCAGAUGCCAGCUGCUGCCCAGCAAAAAGCUGCCCCGAGUCUGCGAGCACCGAGGGCCCCUGACCCAGCUGCAGGGCCAGCCUCCCCGGUGGCAGCCAGUCUUCUGUGUCCUGCGUGGGGAUGGCCGCCUGGAGUGGUUCAGCCACAAGGAGGAGUAUGAAAGUGGCGGCCAUCCCCUGGGCUCUACAGCCCUAACAGGCUACACAGUCCUGACUUCUCAGCAUGAAUAUCUCCACCUGUUGGAUACUCUCUGCCCAGACUACUCAGGAGACCAGACACAGGAAGAACCUGAAUCCCUCCUGGAAACGCCCAUGAACUUCCCUCUGUUCCUGCAGCAUCCCUUCCGCAGGCAUCUCUGUUUCUCUGCAGCCACAGGGAAAGCACAGCGUGCUUGGAGGCUAGCCCUGCAGGGCGGCAUCCGGCUUCGUGGUACAGUUCUGCAGCGAAGUCAGGCCCCUGCUGCCCGUGCUUUCCUGGACGCCGUCAGGCUCUACCGGCAGCACCAAGGCCACUGCGGCAACGACGACGUGACCCUGGGCUCCGACGCCGAGGUGCUGACCGCGGUGCUGAUGCGGGAGCUGCUGCCCGCGCUGCGAGCCCAGACCCUGCCCGGCGUGCGGGGUGCCGGCCGCACCCGGGCCUGGGCCUGCACCGAGCUCCUGGACGCAGUCCACGCUGCCGUCUUGGCCCGGGCUUCUGCGGGCCUCCGCGCCUUCCAACCGGAAAAGGACGCUCUGCUUGCGGCCCUGGAGAGGACAGUCCGCACGGACGUGGACCAGAUGCUGCGGCUGCGGACGCGCGUGGCCGGGAGGCUGCGGGCCAAGGUUCUGGCCCCCCUGGAAUCCUGCCUGCACAGGAAGGUAGACACACAGCUACCCCAGAUCACGAAGACACUGGUGAGCAAUGUGGAAGCCUCAAUCACAGAGGUGCAGACCCUUCUCACCCAGGGCAUGGACCGCCUGUCUCACCACCUGCGUGGGAGCCCCUCCGGCACCCGGCUGCGCAAGGAGGUUUAUUCAUUUGGAGAGAUGCCCUGGGACCCAGAGCUGAUGCAGACCUGCUACCGUGAGGCUGCUCGGAGCCAGGGGCGCCUGAGACAGCUGGCAGCACCGUUUGGCUUCUUUGGAACACAAAGCCUGGUGUUUGGGGCCCAGGAUCUCGCACAGCAGCUCAUGGCCAAUGCCGUGGCCACCUUCCUGCAACUGGCAGACCAGAUGGUCACUGGACCAGCCACGGUGUGUGUUGUGCAGAAGUUCCACUCAGACAGCGGCUCAGCACAGAGGAGGUUCCUCCGCGGGUGGCUGCUCUGUAUCUUCUUGCCCUUUGUGUUGAACCAGCUACAGUCCAGCUGCAAAACGGAACUGCCUGAAUUUGAAGGGGAUGUCCUUGCUGUGGGCAGCCCGGCCCUAACCACCGAGGGCAUCUACAGGGACGUUGUCCAAGGGGUUCUGCUGCAGAGGAUUGACAGAGAGUUGAAAAAGGCCUUUGGUGCCAGUGACAUGCCCUGCACUCUGGAUGGCUGCUCAGAGGCCCCAUGGGACCAGGUGGGAGCAGAUGAGGAAACUGAGGCUCAGAAAGGGACUUGCCCCAGGCAUCCAGGCUCCAGCACCCAGGUCCAGCCACUCUUCCUGCUGCCUCCUCCAGACACAUUCUGGAGCUGAUUCUUUCAUUCUGGAGCUGAUGGGUGUGUGCAUCCUCCUUCCCAUUGGAUAAAGUCUACUAGUAGAAUUUCUGA